UGCCCUACAGAUACCAAAGCAACGUUUGGGGUCCACCUUAAAGUAGUAGGAGACUGGACAGAAAGAUUUCGGGAUUUACUGAUUCUACAUUCAAAUCAAGAUACAGAGAUUCUGCCCAUCUUUCAGCAGAGGCGCUAUCCCAAACUGUAUGUGGAUGGACCUUUUGGAAGUCCCUUUGAGGAAUCCCUGAACUACGAGGUCAGCCUCUGCGUGGCUGGAGGUAUUGGAGUUACACCGUUUGCAUCAGUACUCAACACCCUGCUUGACGGCUGGAAAUGCUACAAGCUCAGAAGACUCUACUUCAUUUGGGUGUGCAGGGACAUUGAAUCUUUCCACUGGUUUGCAGAUCUGCUCUGUAUGUUGCAUAACAAGCUUUGGCAGGAGAAUCGACCAGACUAUAUAAACAUCCAGCUGUACCUCAGUCAAACAGAUGGAAUACAGAAAAUAAUUGGUGAAAAAUAUCAAGCUUUAAACUCAAGGCUUUUGAUUGGACGACCCCGGUGGAAACUCCUUUUUGAUGAGAUAGCGAAGUGUAACAGGCAGAAGACCAUUGGAGUUUUCUGUUGUGGGCCAAACAAAAUCUCUAAGAUACUUCAUAAACUGAGCAACAGCAGCAACUCUUAUGGGACGAGGUUUGAGUAUAAUAAAGAAUCCUUCAGCUGAAAGUCUGUUGGACUAGCAAGACUCUCCAGAAGAUAAAAGUGCAAUUUUUUGUUUGUACAACUUUAAAGUUCAGCUGUGGUUUAAACAGACAGAAGUGUACCAAAGAAUAGCACAGAUUUUCUUAUUUAUGAUUAUUUAAGACUUUGGAAAUGAUGGGUACAGCAGUAUACCAACAAAUAAUAAGUGCUUAUGCUCAAAGCCAAAUGCGCUCGCACAUUGUGGCAGCAGUGAUUCUUUGGAGUUGUUUCUGUUAAUUAAAAAGUACAGAAGCUGGGGAGAGACACAGUUGCUUUAAAAGAUGGAAGAAAGAUGUUUGGAACAUUUGAACUUCUUCCACUUCAGUCCUCUGAAGCUGGAUCAGUAAACUAAACCCCAGGUUAAUCCAAAAGACGAAACAUAGUGUAUUACAAAGACCUAUUGCUUUUGUUGGUAUACAAAUCUGAUGGCUUUGGGGUGGA